AUGCAGGUCAAUGUACGCCAGCUGAUCUACGACGCUGUCAUCGGGCGUCAAAUGAUUGAAGCUACGUUGGAAGAAAAAGUACAGUCGUGCGAGCGAGAGUUCGAUGCUUGCUAUCGUAAGGUAUUAGAUACCCUACGGAGCGGUGCCUCAGUAGUAAGUGGAGAUAAACAGCAGAGUCAAGAGCAGAGAAUCGCUGCAAUGCUCGACGCAGCAGGAGCGAACGAGUGCGCUGACGAGAUGCUGAGACUUGAGAUAUACCAAGCAUUUCAAAAGGUUUUCGACCAGCUUGAACAAGAUCUUGCAGAAGACGAGAGAGAAUUCGUCAGCGCUGCAUCUGCUAGUGACGCAGCUGGUAACAUUGAAGCUGCAUCGUCCAGAAGUGGUGGGUGGAAUGAAGCAGAGGAAGAGCUAUUUCUCACCGUUCUUCGCAGCUAUGAGAAGAAACAAGGAGCUGGUAAAAAUAGUUUAUUAUUGUACGAUCAACUCGCGUUAGUACUGCCCACUGUCCCUCUCUUGGAGAUAAAGAAACACGUGAAAUUCCAUCAGCAUCUUCGCUUCUUUCAAGAGAAACGGAAGGAUCGACAACGGGCAUUUAAACGGAAAGUGGACGAGCUUCAGAGUAAAGCCAGUUGCAGAUUUCGUUUAUCUGCUGAGCAAGAGAAAGAGCGAGUACGGAGGCUGCAAGAGCUGAGUGAGAUGCAGCAGCAAUGCGAACAACGGCACCAACAGGUUUCUCAGUGGCGCGAGACGAAAGAAGCCAAAGAACGGAUAGAACGACAGCAACGGGAGAUUGAACAAUUACUAGAAACUCAGAGACAGCGUGAGGGAGAAGUGCAAUGGCAACGAAGACAUGAUCAACAGAAGUAUGCUGUCGACGAGUAUAAAAAAGGGAAAAUACUGCAGAAAAUAGCCGAGGAGAACCGUACGAUGGAAGAAGAGCAACGACGAGAACGAGAACGAGCGCUUCAAAGUGUCGUUAAUGCUGAAAGAGUGCAGUACCGACACGACGAACUCCAGCGCAAAAUCGACGAGUUGAAACAUCAAGAACUUGAUCAAGCUCGUUUGGAAGAACAGCGAUUGGCCAGGCUGAACGAGUUGAAGGAGACAACACCUUACGCUCAGAUCGUCGCCAACAUAACACCAGACCCGGAACGCACUCGACAGGAGACUGCUGCCUUCCGUGCUAACGUCGAAGCUACCCAGGAAGGUCUUCCAAUUACUGAAACGGGAUUGUUUCCGAGUCAUGGAUACGACUGUGAGACGCUAUUCAAGAACGCAAGAUUCAAACUGGGCAUUGCUCUACGGAAUGCUGGGCUAAACUCGAGUGAGUAUGCGCGUCAAGCACUAGCAAAUGUCAAGGUCUGCAACGUAGGAGCGUACAGAAAUCACGUUGCCGAACCUACCAAGCUUUGGUAA